AUGGCCUACUUCCGGAUCACACUCCUGCGCUCCGCCAUUGGCCUUCCCGAGAAAACGAGCGGCGUACUGCGAGCUCUUGGCCUACGAAAGCGACUCACUACUGUCUAUCAACCCGUCACACCAUCAAUCGCCGGUCAAGUUUUCGCCGUCAAAGAGCUCGUGGAUGUGCAAGAGGUGGAUCGGGCAUUGACCGAUCAGGAAAUGAAGGAGCUGCGAAGGCCUGACCCGGGCUUCUAUGUCGAAAGCAGAGCAAAGGAUUUGAGAAAAGAGCUUUGAGCGGCGAAGGGACAAGGAGUGCAUAAAACAAGUCGCCUAUGAGCAGCCUUUGAUACAGAGGAAGCCCAGCGCGUCGGCCUAGUUGGAGCAUCUCCCAACAUGAAUGCUGCGUGGUUACGGCAGUGCGGGCAAGCAGGAUGGAGAGUGCAGAUGCGAAGGGCCUCGAGGAGAUCAGAACAAUGCAACGCGAACGUUUGAUUGUUCUAAGCACACAUCGACCAAGUGCUGGUCGAGCUCGCCACAUGUCACGGGGGAGUCGACGCGUCUAGGAACGAAGGGGAGCGAUGUUGGG